UGAGAAGAUAUUUACAAAAAGCAGAGGAGGAAGGAAAUCCAAGCAAACCCAUCAGAGAGUCUUUACUGUAUUUGCUAUUGUUAACCAGAAGAGUUGACAAACACAGAGAUUCUGGUAGAGAGGUCGUUAUUUAGUAAGGAACCCCACAAGCUCCCUUUCUUUGAAUCUCUCAUGGUCCAAUUGAGGCCAUGAAAAGAGUUUGGUUCUUUUGAGAGUAGCUCACUCUUGCCUUUUCUCUGCCUUGGUCCAUAUGGGACAGUACAGGAAGUACAAGACCAAUCAUUCAAAUUGUUCUUGAAACCCAUCUCCAUAUCUUAGUUUUGGAUUGUUUUUGUCAAGUAUAAAAGUAUUUCCUGUUACUUUCUUUUCUCCUCUCAGUUUCUUAGGCAAAUAUGCCUAUGUACUGUUUGAUAUUAUUCUUCACAUGGAUCCUUGUGUCACUGAGCUGGGUUUUGAGUGUUGAUUCUUGUUCAUGGUGCCUGGAUGACUAUCUUCGACAAAGUAAUCGAGAAUUUGAGCAGAAAACUGAUCGAUUCUGGGAGUUCCAUGAGGAAUCUAAUACAUGGGUUGAGGUGAAACUGCCCUAUGAUCUGAUCUCUUGUGUUGAUGAUAACUGUUCAAAAGUGGGAAUGAUUGAUCAAUCAAGAAAAAAUAUGGAACAAGUCGUUGAGCCUCAGCAGAAAGAGAAUUUGGAGGAAGAAAGCUCUGAUGUUGUUUUGCCUGUGAGAAAGAGAAUUUCUUUGACAAAAAUGUCUGAGACAUCUGUUUGGAUCACUGGAGAAAGUGGGUGCAUCUAUGAGAGGUUUUGGAAUGGACUUCAGUGGGUGAUUGCACCUCAUGAUCUGCCAUUAUCAGCAGGCCAAGCUAUUUCAGUUUUUAUUGUCAAUCAGACUAUUCUUGCACUAUCUGAAGCAGGAGUUCUAUACCAGAUGGAACUCAAUGAGAACUCACAACCAGUUUGGGGGGAGUUAAUACCUGUACUUGAUCAACGAACAAUAAAAGAAGCAGAACAAAGUUCCAUAAAACAAAUCAAGUCUGGUGUUGUUUCACUUGAUCGGAGGAGAGUUUUUUUCUGCACAAAAAAUGGGUCAUUAUUGGAACUUAAUGAGAUUGAGCCUCCAAGAUGGAUUGAUCACGGUCGGCCACCUGGUGCAAAUGUUGCAGCCAUAGCCGAUGCCGAGACUAUCAGGGCAGAAGUCCUGUACAUUAUAAGUUCUGCGGGCGAUCUUUAUGAAUAUGACAGCAAUUCAAAGCCAUCAUGGAAAAAGCACAUAGGGAGAGAAGGAUUGGCAUAUGAUGCUUCUCUUAUACCAACAACGGGGAGUACAUUACGUGGCUUGAGUGGCGAUCAUUCCACAUCUUUGUUUCUGUUGUCUAAGGGUGGUAAUUUGGUAGAGAGACGACUACAUGGAAGGAAGUGGAAAUGGAUAUUCCAUGGAUGUCCGAAAGGUCAUCACCUGUCGUCUAUCACAUCAGUAUCUCAGGAUGAAUUGAACGGAAUAAUUUUCUCACUGCUUUUGACUACAUCAGUCGGAUCUGUCUUUGAAUACCGGAACAUUCAGACAGGUACUGCUAAAGAAACUCAAAAUUCUGAGGCAUGGAUCAACCAUAAGCAUCCACCAUAUGCAAAAGCUGCGAGGGCUAUCUCUGGGCUACAAUAUCAGGUCGGAAGGACUCUUUUCGCUCUGGAUGAUGGUAGAAUUGCUGAACUACAUCUCUCAGGACUAGGUGGUGAAAAUUCGGGGCCAAAUCAUCAAGUUAACAUCCGAAAAAGAACAUCAACUAAGUACUUGUGGUCCAUAUUAGGUGCCCCGGAGACAGAAGGGUGGAAUGCAGAAUACUGCACAGAAGAACAGGGGCCAACAAACUGCAUUGCGGGCAUAAAAGAUGAGCCAAAUGAUUCAGGAAUUACAAAAUCGACGACAAGAAGGCGCAAGGGAAGCCAAUCACAACAAAAUUACUUAUUCCCCGGUUCGUCGGGCAGUGGACUGGUGAACUCCCAGGAAGAGUAUAAGCACCCUGAGAAUUGGAUUAAUACUAACUUCCGGCUAAGGGUGAUGCACGGAGGCAGAUCGUUGUUCCUGGUAACAGAUAGUGGUUUGAUUUUCGAACAUGUUUACACAGAGAAUGUAUGGCUGUGGCUGAGGCAUGACAGUCCAAUAGCUAUAAAAGGUGCCCUCGGAAACUACAAUGGAAGUUUGUUUUUGGUUGACAUUUACGGAAGUUUGCUGAUCAGAGAAAGAAGCGGUAGUGAACUAACAUGGAUAAACUGCACAGCUAUGAGAAAAGGAAGGCAAGUUAUCGGAGGCCCUCCAUGGGAUGCAAUUCCGGGGAAAGAUAUGAAGGUUACAUCAGAAGAUGCAAUCUUCUUUACGAGCAAAAAUGGAAGAUUGCUACAGUUCACAGUUGCUCUGAGGAAGUUUAAAUGGAAAGACUGCAAACACCCCCCAGGCACAAAAGUUUCAAGCAUUAUAGAUCAAGAACUAUUCAGGGAAAAUAUAGUGUUUGUCAUUGGGAGGAACGGCAGGCUAUAUCAGUAUAACAGAGUGAUAGAACUGUGGCAUGAACACUACCAGUCCCAACAUUUAGUCCUAUCAAGAGUACCUGGAACUGCUAUGAGGUCGUCAUUGCUAUCACUAACCGGCUCCUUAUUCAUGCUUUCAGAAGAUGGGGGACUUGUUGAAUAUCACUGGAAUUCAUUAGAUGGGUGGAGUUGGGUGGAACAUGGCACCCCACAUAGAGAAGUUACCUUGGUUGGGUCACCUAGCCCUUGCUUUGAAGGUAAUUCACUCUUCUUGAUUGGUUCAGACGGAAAAGUAUACCUGAGAUAUAUGGAGCAGAUGAUAUGGAGAUGGAAGAAUUGUGGUUUUCCAAGUUGGGGACAAGUGAAUGUUGAAGAUCAAAGACGAGCAGAGGCAGCAGAUGUGAGGGAAGCCGUUUGUACUGAUGAACAGAAGCCUAAUGAUAUCAACAAACACUGUAACACAAAGGUGUCCUCGACAAGACCAAUUCCUUACUCUGAAGAUUCAGUUAUCUUUGAGCUGCGCGAUGGCAGAUUGGCAGAAAUUCAACGAGGAGAGGAUUCACAGUGGACGUGGUCUCGUAUCAUCAGCACGCCAACCAGUUUAUGCCUAGAAAAUUAUUGGACAGCCGUGGCAUCUUGAAGUGGAAAGACAUACUUUGCUUACAAAUCAUAAGUAAGAAAGCACAGUAUUGUAAGAAGUUGACAGAUAUAGACCUUGUACAGCUCAAAAGAAGCCUGAAAUCUUGUAAAGUAUAAACGUGUACAGUGAACAAUGCUCUGUUUAUAAUGAAUGAGUUACUUUAUGCUAA